AUGGCCACCACCCAGCCAUCCACGUCGACGACGCCCGCGACGGGCCCAGCGACGGCCAGCGCGACAGCAUCGCCCGUCGCCGACAACAACAAUAACGGCGGCGGCAGCAGCGGCGCCAGCGCCAACAACGCCAACGCCAACGCCAACGACGAUAGCAACAACAACAACAACGCGCGUGAUGACAACGGCAACAGCGCGAGGAGCAGCCCUCCCACGUCGGCCGCCGCCGAGCCCAUACCCGUUCGCACAAAGGAGUCGUUCAACCAGCUGAUGGUAGAGCGCUACACGACGCGCGACGCUCUCGCCGCCGCGGCCCUCGGCCAACAGCUCCAGCAGACGAAAAAGUUGUCUCAAGAGGCGCGUGAGAAGAUCCAGGAGUAUCGCAUGCUGCGCAACGAAUACAAGGCAUGGUUUCCUCCGAGCAGGCUCUUCGGCGAGGGCUACAAUGGCUUCGCCAACGGAUACACGGAAAAUCAAAUGCAGCCCCCGCAAUCCCGGAUCGUCUACCCGUCACAGAAGCCGCGGCCCGGUCGCCGGACGACACCGGCGUUCAAGUACGCGCGCAAGGACAUGCUCAAGCAGGCCGAGCAACACGAGGAGCUGGUACCGGUGCGGCUCGAGGUUGAGUGGGACAAGGUCAAGCUGCGCGACACCUUCACGUGGAAUCUCCAUGAACGGAUACUCCACGUCGAGCUCUUCGCCGCCCAGCUGGUCGAGGACAUGGGCCUGAAGCAGCCCGCCGCGCAACCGGUCUACGAGCAGAUUGUGCAACAGAUGCGCGAGCAGCUCAAUGACUUCUACCCGUUUGCCUUCUCCGAGGAAGACGCGCUUGACCCCGAGCUGCCGUACUCGGCCUACAAGAAUGACGAAAUGCGCGUCCUGAUCAAGCUCAACAUCACAAUAGGCCAGCACACCCUGGUCGACCAGUUCGAGUGGGAAAUCAACAACCCGGCAAACUCCCCAGAGGAAUUCGCAGCCGGCAUGGCUCGUGAUCUCUCGCUUAGUGGCGAGUUCACCACGGCCAUUGCCCACUGCAUCCGCGAACAGUCGCAGCUCUUCACCAAGAGCCUGUACAGCGUCGGACACCCCUUCGACGGGCGGCCAGUCGAGGACUCGGACCUCGUGUCCGCCUUUCUACAGACCCCCCUUCCGGUCGUGUUCCGGCCGCAGCAGCAAGCCAAGGACUACGCGCCGUACAUAUACGAGCUCAACGAGGCCGACCUGGAACGCAACGAGACCAUCUUUUCGCGGGAACAGCGACGCCAGAAGCGAUCCAUUAACCGGAGAGGCGGUCCUCAGCUGCCUGACCUCAGAGAGAGGCAACGGACGAUCCGGACACUCAUUGUGUCGUCUGUGCUGCCCGGCGCGGCCCUCGACGUGGAGGAGAGCAGACUGUACAAGAAGGCGGCGGGCGUGCCCAGGAAGAGGACGGCUCGCGACGGCGAGCUGUCGGAAUCGGAGGAGAGCGAGGACUCGGGCCCAGACUCUCCUGCGCCGUCACAGCUCGCCGGCGGCACCGCCAGGACGAGGGGCAUGCGCGGAGCGGCAUCUGCAGCCCAGCAAAGGAUGGCCAACCUGGGCCGCUCAGAGACGCCCGAAACGAGCGCCGUGCUGCACCACCACGAGACGAGGACGUCGCGCCGCUUCAGAGAAGAGACAGAAGAGCCGCUGCAUCUUUGGGUGACGCUGAAGCUCGCCAAGGACAAAUUACGACGCCUGUUGAGGGGAGACUAUCGCGACCUGAGAACGCCGUCACAACCGCAGACACCCUCGUCCACACCACACGUGCGCGCUGCCAGCGCAUCGAGCGUGCCCAAGUCCAAACCCACGCCCACGCCAACCCCCCAGACAUCUGGCACAUACCCUCCGGGCCAAAUUGGCCGCCUACCCGCCCCUCCCCCCGUCCCCGGACAAUCACCCCCUGCCGGACCGCCGCCACCGGAAUGGCUUGUAUCCGCCCUCAAGCAGCUUGAGAAGCAGUACCCCAACGGCGACAAGUUCGAGGCCAUAAUGAAGUACUCGUACCUCGACCCCGUCACAGAGCUGCCCAUCCAGGGCCAGCCGCUACCCGAGGGCGUCAAGUACGCGUGGCUCCCGCGCAUCCGCUGCCUGGACUGCCAGACUAAGCUGUACACGCCGGGGCCCGACAUGACGGCGCAAAAGUUUGAGACGCACCUCAAGUUCUCCGGGCACAGGGAAAAGGUCAACCAGAGACUGGCAGCCCUCAAGAGCGGCGGCAGCGACGCCGGGGCGUCCGGCUCAUAG